ACAUAACCUCGGUUCUUUACGACACUUUGCAUACACCUAGCUUGCAGCUGCUGGCAGCACCUUGUGCACGUUAAGUGCAAUUCAUCAUUGUUGGGAAUCUCAGCUGCACGCGUGCGCGCACACACACACACACACACACACAUAUACACAACACACACACAUACAUACAUACGUACAUACAUACAUACACACAUACACACACACACAUACAUACAUAUGCAUUCAUUUAUACUGAUAUAGACACGAUAUAUACGCAAUAACACACGCACACACACACACAAGCGCAUGCACGCGCACAAACGAACUCACACAGAGACGCUAUAUAUAUAUAUGCACAUACAUGUAUGAAAGUGCAGAUGCGGUGAUGCGCACACCUGCAGCGCCAUAUGAGAAAACAGUCGUUCAACACCAAUGGUCAGGCUUUACCAGGGACGUAUACAACGUAAAGAUUUACGUCAUCACAAAUAUAAAGACAACCAGUUUUCCCUGCUUCCUCCUGACCAAUGAAAAACCAGACAAGAAAGACAUUCACUUCACAUUGGACAACUAAUUCAUCUUUACACCCAACGCUAGACAAUCCUCGCUCUCUUCGCAACUGACCUGCAACUGACCCACAGCAACCGAGCCCGCAAAUAAAGAAGUCUAACUCUUUUAUGUAUCAUUGCCAUCAUUAAGACUGACCAAAUUCCGGUCGGAACCAAACCACAAAAGAACAAAAGUCCAGGAUUCAAUCGCAACAAAAGCUGCUACCAAGUAUUGUUCAUCGUCUGUUUGUCUAUCUGUCUAUUUAUUUAUCUACUUAACAAAACUAUCAAUCAAUAUCUACAUAACAACCUUAGUAGAUAUCCUUUCGUUUCUCUUUCACUAUAUUCCAUACAUGUGUAUUGAAUGCUCUUAUAUAGAUAUAUAGAUAUAUCUAUAUAUAGCAAAUUCAAAUACAUGUAGGAAGAUAAAGCAGACCAACUAUACUGCAUCUCCCUUGAUGUGCUAAAAGAAGCAACACAAUACACGAUUCCUUAUGGAGUAUUUCACUGGACACUCGGUUCUCCUAGCAGCGAGUACACAUUACGGACCACAACGGCUGAAAUCCUCCAGGAUGUUUUCCUUAGUUACACUGUCAACUGUCCUUCAGUUGCUACUCCUGCUACUUCUCGGUUGUAUUCAAACGACAGAUGCUGGUCAGUUGCUGUCCAGGGGGUGUGAAUUGAAGUGCAAAAACUGUCCCCAGUUACAGUUCUGUACGGGUGAGGUGGUCAAGGACCACUGCGGCUGCUGUCAAGUUUGCUCUUCGGACCUAUACCAACCUCACGUCAGGCUCACACCUCUACCAAAUAAAAAUAACGCCUGCGAGAAGGUAAAAUGUCCGAAAUUCAAGGUGUGUAAGAUAAAUUUGCAGGGUCUUCCCCUGUGCUCGUGUCCAAGUAUCUACAUGUGCCGACGUAGGCGAAGAGAGGUCUGUGGUGAUGACUUCACCACCUAUAAAUCACGUUGUCACAUGAGAGUGGCGGCUUGUGUAGCCGACCGGAAAAUAAGUGUGGUCAGCAAAGGUUCGUGUCAGAUAGCCGGACCUUCGUCCACCCAGGACUCACCGAAUUCCAGUCAGUGGCACAAAUCGAAGAACACGAAGAAGAGGAAGAAGAGGAAGAGAAACAAGCGUCGGCAGAGGAAGAAGUCGAAGAAGAGGAACAGGCGAAGGAGAGAACAUACUGGUUGGAGAGACUUCCGGAGAUUCUGAGGUGCGGCAAGAGGAAGGGGAGUGCGGGAGGAGAAGAGAAAACAAUAGGUGAGAGGAAGUUGGGGUAGUAGUAGGAGUAGUAGCGAAUGAAUGAAGAAGGGGAGGGCGAGAAAUGGAGAGACGGCGAGGGUGGAGUUAUAAUAUUACGGGAAAGAGAAAGAGGAGAAAUAAAGAAGAGGACGGGGGGAGGGAGAAUUAGAAAUGAAGAGGAAAGAAGCAUUGUAAGGUGGAAAUGGAGGAGGCGGAAGAAUUGUUGAAGGAGGAGUAAAAGGUUGAGAGUGAUGGAAAGAGGAGGAAUAGGAUGGUGGUAGUGUCGUUACUUGUGGUGAUGUUAUAAGAAAGGAUAAAGGAAUAGUGGGAGUAACAAUAAAGAGAUGGGCACGAAGAGAAGAGGGGGGUGUGGAAUAUGAAACUAAAGGGACCAAAAACAAAGUACAUGAAACAUAUAAGUACUGAUCAAUAAAGUACCUGGGCUUUAUAGUCAGUCUGCAACAAGGUCGGGUGUUACGAUACUCGUCACUUCAGAGAGGACUUGUAGCUGUGUGACCUGUAUAUGAGGAAAGAAUAGUGCAACUUGAUGUGGUGAUCAUAUACUAAUGAUGAUGAAAGUACCAAGAAAAUACUAGAAAAUCGAUAAGAUAGGAUCGAAGUGAAUUAUGUUUUGAUCGAAUAAACUCUUGAAGAUGACAGCGCCCUUCAAGAUUACUAACGCCAGCAAAUGUCUACUGGAAUAAAAGCAAAUAUUCUUUAAAAAUAAUGCUUGGGCACAGCCUCCAUAUGGACCCAAGGAAAUAUUUCAGCCCAGCAGUUUUGUUAUUUCUAACAGCUAAGUUAAGGGAACAAACACACAUACACAUGUAGAAAUUACGGGAAACAAAUUAUUGAUACGGACGUUUCAACGAUCUUAUGCGAUCAUUGAAACGAUUGUAAUAAAGGACUCAAAAUAUCGAUAA